AUGCAAAAAUGCAGAAUUAAAUCGAAGGGGAAUAUGCAAAGCGUGUUUUGCAUGGUAAGAUGUUGUAAGGGAAUAUCACUUGACCACCCUUUUGUUAGGAGAAAAAGUAUCCACGAAUUUAACCGUUUGGAAAAUUUACGAUUUAAGUAUUGCGAAUAUAAAUGUAUUGCAUAUUGGGGGCAUAAUACUAAUGAAGGAAUAGAAAAUGAAAAAAAAAAUAAUUUAAAAAAUAAAGUAGUAGAAAAUUCUGCUAUGGUAAAAAAUUUGGGCGUCUUUUCGAAUAGACAAGGAUAUUAUAUGACUAGGCAGCAAAGUAGGUAUUAUUAUUCUACCAACAACAAAGUCCACGUUAAAGGAGAAAUUUACGACAUUAUUCCUCGUUUAUGUAAGAACAAAGAUGUAAAGCCCAUUGCUUCAAAUUUAAUUUUCCAUAUUUUAAAAUUUAUGAAUGUUAAAAACGUUGAAUCUACAGUUGCGCAUAAAGAUAACAUAAAAAAUAUUUACAUUGGCUUGAUAAGAUGUUACCACAGCAUAUUUAAAAAUAAGAACGAAAAUGGAGAAUACAUUUUUUGCAUUUUUAAUGAUGAACUUAUAAAGAAUAUUAGUCCAACUUUGAGGAGAAAUAAAAAAAUGAUCAUACAAGAAAUAAUGCUAAACAGUUUAUUUUUUUUUUUCAAAAAUAAUAUAAGACAGAGGGAUAAUUUAGAUCUAAAUUUGCUGUGUGAAAUUAUUAAAUAUAAAAAAUUUAUGUACAUAUUGGACAGUAUAUCUUUUGAUAAAAAGAAGAUAAAGGAAAAUUUGAAUGUCGAAUUUGUAGACUAUUUAUUUGAUCACUUUUUAAAUGAUAAAGUACUUUUUUCUCAUGCCAUAGAAUUAGCUUCGUUGUUUCUGUGUGAUGAGCGUAUCAGCUUUACUUCUCCUUUUACUGAAAAUAGCAGUUACAAUUGCCGUAUUUUGUUGAAGUAUAUAUUACAAACCCAAUCAAAAAAUUUUCUCUUUUUAUUUUUGGACUGUUUGAAAUGUAAUGAUUUAAAAAGGGACGUAUUCCGUUUUUUGGUGUCUCUAGAUGAAAUGUCAGGUUUUUUUUCCGAUUAUUGUGGUCAUCUAGCGAUGAUGGAGUAUUUGCUGCAGAAUAAGAAAAGGGAUAAAAGCAAAACCAAAGGAACAAAAUUAAGGGAGUGUACAAUUAACCAAGGGAAAGAGGACAAUAAUGGUGUUAAUUAUGUGAAGGGAGAAAUGAUCUUCUAUGAAGACUACUAUGAACUACCAGAAGAAAUGAAAAAUAUUUCAAUUAUAACUAAUGUAGACAACUUGAAACAGAUGAUAAGAGAAGUAAAAACUAGUCAAGAAAAACAUUGGGUGGAGAAUAUAUACAAUGAUAACAGUAUUUAUGCAUUCGAAUUAUGUGAUGAUAUGUUAACUGGAGAGGAUAUUAAUAUUAAUUUAAGAAAGAAAAAGAAAAUAUAUUAUAUCGGUAUAGAUGUUGAAUGGAAUAGAAAUAAAAAAGCUAGUAUCAUUUCAAUAGCAACAAUGGAGAAAAUUUAUUUAAUCGAUUUGAUAAAUAUGGAUUACAAUUACAAAUUUUUAAUACAUUCAUUUUUUAAAUGGAUAUUAGAAAAUCCAUUCAUACAUAAAAUAUUCUACAAUUUUGCUUGUGAUAUGCAUAUAUUAAAUUUAUUUUUUCAAGACAUAUCAAUUAUAAGUGCUUAUGCAAAUGUGAUGGAUUUGAAAGAUCCCAUAUAUGUUCAUAAGCAAAGGGAAUGUAUUUCAAACAGUUCAAAAAGUUCAAAAAGUUCAAAUAACAUUGUUGCAAUUGAAUUAUUUAAUAGAAACAUAAUUGAGACGAAUGAUGUAGAAUCAUUUAAAAAAAUGACAAAAAGUACUUUUUACGAUUUUAAUAGCGGAAUGAAAAAUUAUAACUCCAAUUAUUCGGAAGGAGUAAUAAGUGUAUGUCUAAACCAUACGACUGAUAAGUUAUAUUUUAAAAGUUUAAACGAUUUAUGCUAUAAAUUUUUGAACAAAAAAUUAAAUAAACAACUGCAAUUAUCCAACUGGAGUAAAAGACCACUAACAAAAGGGCAAGUAGUAUAUGCAGGUAUCGAUUCUUAUGCCCUUAUAAUGAUAGAACAACGAUUAAUAGAGAGUAAUUUUUUUUCAACAUGUGUCUCAAAUAGCAAUAAUUUAAUCGUUACUUUUACCCAGAAGUAUAAAUGCAGAAAUUGCCUAUGGGACUAG